AAGGUCAUGGGAGCUACAACCAAUACGAAUUUGGGAACUACAUUGAAGGGCAACAUCAUGAUAGAAUGGAACAAGCGGUUCAAAAACAUCGAGCAUCAUUGUUAGUUUGCGAUAACUACGAUACUUGAUCCGAGGUUUAAAAACAUCCAUUUCGAUGACAGUGUGGCAGUGGGGAUGGCAAUCCGGAAGUUGACUUCUGAAAUGAAGGAGGAAGCAAAUGCUGAACAAGUCAACGAAGAUGAUGAAAGUGGUGAUGGCUUUAGUCUAUGCGACGACCACCACAGGCUCGGAAAUCAAAAAACGGAUAAGGACUCUAGAUGAACUAGGCACAUUAAAUACGAUGCCACCGGAAUUACCAAUUUAUUUGAAGAGCCCAGUCGUUAAGCUAACGGAUUGUCCCCUGCAUGUGUGGGCAGAAGGAUACCACAAAAACUCUUUGUUGAAAAUAGCAAUGAAAUGCUUAAUAGUGAUGGCAACUUCCGUGCCGCCAGAACGUGUUUUUUCCAUCGCGGGAAAUAUUGUUACCUGUAAAAGAAGUUGCUUGUUGUCGGGAGAAAAAGUGGACAAACUGCUUUUUUUUACAAACUGUUAAUAGUAAGUUU